AUGUUGAGUGUGCUGUCCAAGACUACGGUUAUCAAGCGUGCACCGGGCGCUAUUGCAUUGUUCCCAAGGUAUAACUCGACCUCGUCGAAGCCCAAGGAGACACAAGGUGUUGAGAAGAAAGGUACCGGUCCCACUUCUUUCAAGACUAUGAAAGUUAUCGACCCUAACUCCCGCGAUAAGCCCAAUGUCGUGAUACUGGGCUCCGGUUGGGGUGCCAUCUCCUUUUUAAAGCACAUCGACACCAAGAAAUACAACGUGUCCAUCGUUUCGCCAAGGAACUACUUCUUAUUCACUCCGUUGUUGCCAAGUGCCCCAGUUGGUACUGUCGACGAGAAGUCUAUCAUCGAGCCAGUGGUGAACUUCGCCUUGAAGAAGAAAGGUAACGUUACUUACUAUGAAGCCGAGGCUACUUCUAUCAACCCUGACAGAAACACCGUGACAGUCAACGAGGUCAGUGCCGUUGAACAAGUAGCGCUGGGCAACAAGGAGAGCGAGCAAGAGAUCGGUAUCGAGAGAAAGAGCGACGCCGAGAUCAAGUACGAUUACUUGAUUACUGCUGUCGGUGCUGAGCCAAACACUUUCAACAUCCCAGGUGUGGAGAAGUACGGUAACUUCUUGAAAGAAAUCCCACAUUCUUUGCAAAUCAGAAAGAGAUUCUUGGAGAAUAUCCAAAAGGCCAACUUGCUACCAAAGGGUGACCCUGAGAGAAAGAGGUUAAUGUCCAUUGUCGUUGUCGGUGGUGGUCCAACCGGUGUUGAAACCGCUGGUGAACUACAAGAUUUCGUACACCAAGAACUAGGCAAGUUCCUUCCUUCUUUGGCAGAGGACGUCCAGAUUCACUUGGUAGAGGCUUUGCCAAUUGUCCUGAACAUGUUUGAGAAGAAGCUGUCAUCCUAUGCUCAAUCUGUCUUGGAGGACACUUCCAUCAAGCUACAUCUAAGGACCGCUGUCUCCAAGGUCGAAGAGACCCAAUUGUUGGCCAAGACCAAGCACGAAGACGGCUCCGUUACAGAGGAGACCAUUCCAUAUGGUACGCUGAUCUGGGCCACUGGUAACAAGUGUAGACCUAUCAUCACCGAUCUGUUCAAGAAGAUCCCUGAGCAGAACACUUCCACCAGAGCUUUGAACAUCAACAGCUUCUUGCAAGUGCAAGGUAGUAACAACAUCUUCGCCAUUGGUGACAACGCCUUCUGCGGCUUACCACCAACGGCACAAGUUGCACACCAACAGGCCGAGUACUUGGCCAAGACCUUUGACAAGAUGGCGCAAUUGCCUAACUUCCACAAGAGCCUAGCGGAGAGGAAAGAGAAGGCGGACCUGUUGUUCGAGGAGAACAACUUCAAGCCCUUCAAGUACACACACUUGGGUGCCUUGGCGUACUUGGGCUCCGAGAGAGCCAUCGCUAACAUCACAUACGGCAAGAGAUCGCUAUACACCGGAGGUGGUCUAUUCACUUUCUACAUCUGGAGAUUGUCAUACUUGGCCAUGCUACUGUCGGCCCGUUUGAAGUUCAAGGUCGUCUCUGACUGGUUGAAGCUAGCAUUCUUCAGAAGAGACUUCUUCAAAGAUUUGUAA